CACUGUAGAUGUACAAUAUCUAGUUGUAUUCUAUGCAUUUUUAGGAAAGACAGCAGCCAUAUGCACUCAUUCUACAUACAUGAAGCUCCAGGGCCAAUCAAAUUCAUGACUCUUGGUGACCUAACUGACUUCUGAGUAGGUGGUUGAGAGGAGGCCAGUUGCUGUGUCUUUCACAGCUCGCCAGGAUCUCCUUCUCUCCUCCCUCCCUCCCUCCACACCCUAAACCCGCCCACACACAGUUCCCCUUCUCUCCUCCCUCCCUCCCUCCACACACUAAACCCUCCCACACACAGUUCCCCUUCUCUCCUCCCUCCCCUCAACCUUAACCUCAGCCCUGUGACCACCCAGCCACCAUACUCAGCUCCUCCAAUGUAGUGGGCUGUUGGUACCGCUGCCAACCACAGCUUCCACGUCACUCUCCACCCUAAUCCUCCACCCUCGUCCUCCAUCGCUCAGCCCUGCCUGUCACACCACCUCUUGGGGACGUCUGCCUGCCCCGCCUGGAGCAUCACUGACUUAAACACAGCUAGACUGGGUGAAAAGUGGGCAACAAUGUCUUCCACGCUAAUGGAAAGUCCUACAGAGUCUUCUUGGAUGUCCUCUCCAGGUCCAAUCUCGUCUCAAGCCAUUUCCAGUUUUACCUCAGAGAUUGGCCGAGCCUCUCCGGGCUCAGUCCAGUACAGUGCGGCCAUGGCCAGUGUCUCCAUGGACUCCCUGAACCAGCACUAUCAUGCUUCUGAGUUUGCCAGCCUGCCCUCGUGUGUCUCCGGCACCAGUCACCCGACAAGCCCGUACAGGCGGAGCCCAGUUCAGCAGGUGUACUCUCCUUCUGCCCACCUCAACGGCGUUCCGUGGUUGGAAACGACCGGCUCUGGGGGCCAGUCUCACCCAUAUACUCCCCCCUCCUCCUCCUGGCGCACCAGCCCUUUCUCCACCGCCAAGACCUCUCUGCACCCCAACACCCUCUCUUCCUUCUCCUCCACAGCGCCCAUCUUCUCCCUGAUCACGCCCAUGGUUGAGCACCCCUCCCCGGGACACAGCGGUCAGGACAGUCCCAGGCUGCAGGAGGCCUUGAAGGGGGAGCGGCUGAGCCCUGGUGGGGAUGGAGGCAGCAGUAGUUUCCUCACCCUCAACGCAGCACCAGGGGAUGGUUACAACCACUCCCUUGGAUACUACAGUGGGUUGGGGCAGGACUACAGCCCAGCUUCUCUUUACCACGCGCCAGGAGGGCUGCUGUACCCCUCCUAUUACCCCAAACCAUGCAACAAGAUCAGUGUCCCCCCCCCAGAGGCCCGUGAGUGUGUGAACUGCGGUGCCACUGCUACCCCUUUGUGGCGUCGGGAUGAGACCGGACACUACCUCUGCAACGCAUGUGGCAUCUACCACAAGAUGAACGGACAGAACCGGCCUCUGAUCAGACCCAAGAAGAGGCUGGUUGUCAGUAAGCGUGCGGGGACCCUUUGUGCCAACUGUCACACAACCACCACGACGUUGUGGAGACGCAACGCCUGUGGAGAACCUGUCUGCAACGCAUGCGGGCUUUAUUACAAACUGCACAACGUUAACAGGCCUCUGACCAUGAAGAAGGAGGGCAUCCAGACACGCAAUCGCAAAGUGUCCAGUAAGACUAAGAAAGCUAAGCAGAAUACUGGCUGCCUGGGAGAUGGGCUGGUGCCCUACUCAGACCUGUCCAGGCUUCCACCCCCUGACGACCACAUUAGCACUUACCUCCUGGGUCACCCUGGGGCCAGGCUUUCUUAUAACCAGAGUCCACACCCCUCCGCGCACACCCUGCCCACUCCUCACUCUAUACAUCUCUCCUCUGCUGUGCCCUAUUACACACACUGAGGAGUAACACACACACACACACACACACACACACCGUUAACGUAGCUAUCUAAAUGGGGACACAAAAAAUGAAUGCACUCAAAAAAAUCUUAUAUUUUACUUUUCCUAACCAAAACCCCAAACCUCAUCCUGAUCCUAAACCUAACCUCAGUAACCUUACAUUUAUUCCUAAACAUGGCCUUGCUUGAAAGACGAAUUGAGGAUCUUGUGACCGGAGUGACUCCUUAAGAAUUUGGCCUCCGUUUCUCAAUGACAUCCCAGUUAAGUUCAUCAUUGUUAAGGCACCUGGGGAAAAUCUUUUGGCUGGAGAAUCCAAGCCUGAGGAGGCAAAUUGUCACGUCCUGGCUAUGCCCCUAGCCAUCUCUGCGCUGGGCUCGGGGCAUAGUCAGGACAGGACAGA